AUGGCUAUUUUCUUGUACAUCUGCUCUUUGAUAUCCCUAGCCUCAGCGUCUACAGUGGUGGACCUGGGAUAUGCUAGCUAUGAAGGUCGCACACUAUCUAGCGGAGUCACACAGUGGCUUGGUAUGCGGUUUGCUGCUCCUCCGGUAGGAGAACUGCGAUUUGCUGCCCCGCAGGACCCUUUGUCUGUCAAGGGAAUACAGCAAGCAAUCGAACAUGGAAGUAUAUGCAUACCCACAGCAGGAAGUGAAGGCCGGGCAGUCCCAGAAGGAACUUCAGAGGACUGCCUGUUCCUAGAUAUAUAUGCUCCUACAACUGCAGAAAAAUCAAAGAAACUACCAGUCUACUUUUUUAUACAAGGAGGAGGGUUCGCGGGAAAUGCAAAUGCCAACUAUAACGGCACUGGAUUGAUCAAUGCAUCCGGAAACAAUAUGGUGGUGGUAACUUUCAACUAUCGGGUUGGUCCCUACGGAUUUCUUGCUGGACAAGAGGUCGAAAAAGGAGCGAGUCUGAACAACGGUCUGAAAGACCAACGCAAGGCACUGAAGUGGGUUCAGAAGCAUAUCAGCAAGUUUGGUGGAGACCCCAAGCAUGUUGUUAUCGGUGGUGAUAGUGCAGGUGCGGCCUCAAUAACUCUCAUGCUCUCGGCGUAUGGUGGCAGAGAUGAUGGCCUGUUUGUUGCAGCAGCAGCAGAAUCACAGAGCUUUGGCCAUAUGCUCAACAUCUCCGAAAGUCAAUUUGCAUACGACGCGCUGGCAACUGCGACUGCAUGUGACAGUAGUCAAAAUACCCUGGCAUGUCUGCGCAACCUCGAUGUCAAUGCUUUGCAGCAGAAGAACGUCAACAGACCCUACCCGGGAGCAAAAGGAAAGCCCUUGUUCCAGUACGGUCCUACAAUCGACGAGGACUUGGUAGCAGACUACACGUACCGCCUCUUCCAUGAAGGCAAGUUCAUCAAGGUACCAGUGAUAUUUGGUGAUGAUACCAAUGAAGGCACGACUUUCGUUCCCAAGAGCACUGCCAGUGUCGACGCGGCGGAUACGUUCAUUCGGAACCAAUUCCCAUCAAUAAAACAGGCCCAUAUUUCCAGGAUCAACAGUAUAUAUCUUACUGAGAACCAGACGGAGACAUUCCCUGGCACUGGGUCCUACUGGCGGCCGGCAAGUACGGCGUACGGCGAAAUGCGCUACAUCUGUCCCGGAAUUGACAUGUCUUCUGUCUAUGCAGCGGCAGGUGUCCCAAGCUGGAACUACCACUACGCAGUUCAAGACCCCGCCAACGAGAGCUCGGGAAUGGGCACAUAUCACACCGUCGAAGUGAACGCGAUCUGGGGUCCGACUAAUACUGGCAACAAUCAAGCUCCAGCUUCAUACUACACCACCAACGCAGAAAUUGUGCCUAUGAUGCAAGGUUACUGGACAAGCUUCAUUACAUCUCUGGAUCCGAACACUAAACGUCUUCCUUCGAGUCCAAAAUGGGAGACUUGGGGUCAAGAUGGUACUGGAUAUCGGCGGAUCUUCAUUCGAACCAACAAGACUAAGAUGGAAACGGUGUCAGAGGGACAAAGAAGCCGAUGUAAAUAUUUGACUAGCAUUGGUGUUGAUUUGAAGCAGUAG